AUGCUUCAGCUCCGAGAAGUUCUCGUCGACGCGGCCCUCAAAUGCCCUGUCGAAGAUGACGACAACCAGCUCGGAACGCCACUGCUUUUUCGCAAGAUUCCCGUCUUCCAAAAGGAGUUGAAAGCUUGGCUAGACAAGGAGGUCCCCACCGCUCGGGACAGAUUCCAUGCGGGAGACUUUCCCAUACCCAAUAGAAUAAAGAAAUGCAGAACCUACCCAAUCUAUAAGUUCGUGAGAUCCCAACUGGGAACGGACUUACUGAGCGGGGCGAAGACGCGGAGCCCUGGAGAAGACAUCGAAAAAGUGUACCGCGGCAUUUGCAAGUCGGAGAAGGUGUUUGGUGAAGUAGUGGUGAAAUGUUUGGAUAUGUGGCGUGGCUCGGCUGGGCCCUUCACUUCGCGGCCACAGCAUCCCCCUGUGUCACCUGCGCCAUUCAAUGCAUCGUAUUGGUCUUGGUUUGACACCGCCAAAUCGCCCUCCGCCACCAGCGGCAGAGGAUUCUGGAAUUCUGCCAACGCCACCCUCUGA